UCCUAUUUUUUUUGUACUUUUAUCUGCUCUGUACCCUUUUAUCAACAUUGUUGUGAAGAACAGGUCGUGGAGGGCACAGAAGAUAACAGAACAAAGUAGCUGAGAUGUGGUUUGGAGUUCAGAAUGAACAAUAUCCCUUUUGCCUCUUUCCUUGAAUCAGUUUAGGACAGAGGCCCGUUCAAGUAAAUCACUUAAAACGUGAGUGCGGGUUAGGCGUGGAAAACUUGGGGAAAAAAACCUGCCAAGUUGUGCAGGAGUCGCGUGUGUCCCAGAGCUGGUACUUGUGCAUUGCUGCCUUCAGUUAGAGCAGAACCACCCCCUCUGACUUGCAGCCUCUAAGAGCUUCUGUUCCUUCACACCUUCAGUUUCCAUCGGGGUGGGGGGGAGGUGUGAAAUCUGUUUAAAAGGCAUUUUUGGGGCUCUAGGUUUGGCUUCUAAUAACUAUUACAUCCAGUAUCCUCAACUGAUGACUGGGAGGCGCUGGCUCUCCUGCCAGCCUCACAGCCUUAUUCCAGAUGGUAAAGCGUGCCUUUCUCUUCUGGUUAUAAGAUUUUCGCUUUUCCUUCCUCCUGCCUGUCAGGAAUGCCCAAAAAGACAAGAUAGGAACUUGUUGAGUUGUUCUGUAACUUCGCCUGUGCUCCACUAUUGCCAGAAUGUUGCCAGACAGCUCUACCAAGUCUAUUGAUGCUACUUGAAAGAAAAUAAAGAGCUCUUACCGAGUUCUGCAAAGUCUUGUCUGAGAUACUCAAUUGAUUUAUUUUUUUCUUCCCCCCCUUUUUUCUUUUUCCCCAGGUGGCUGGAGGUUCAGCUACUGCUGUUUUCUUAGAGGCCUUUCUGAGUCAUAAAAAGAUUUAAUAUGUGUAUGUAAUAAGCUAGAUUUUUUUUUUUUUAGUAAAACCAAUAGAAAGUGUGCUUCCUGGUUCCUGAAACACAGAGUAUUUAUUUUCUGUUUCGUACCUAUUACAAAUGAAAUUCACUUCAGUUUCAAAGCAGAACACUGAAACACUAACUUCCGAAAAUGUUAGUUCUUAAAAAUAUCUUCUUCCUGUCCCAAGCUAUCUGCUAAUCAUGUUGGAAUACGGCUUCAGUCUGAACCUGCAUUGUCCUGUAACUACUUGCAUGAAAAUGUGAAAUUAUUCAAGUGAAAUGUUCUCCCCCCCGUUCAGGAAGGGUUCACUAGUUAAAGCUGAAAUGCAAGUAAACUGUGCGAAGAGUGUUGCCCUUGCCAGGCUUUGCUUGUUAGUGUUUAACUGGUGGCGUAAGUAAAUUUAUUUUUGUAAAAGCUGUAUUUUAAUGAAAAAAAACUAUAUAGGAUUUAUUAAACUAAUAGACAGUAAAAUUAUUAACUGUGGGCUCAUUAGAUUUUCUGUAACAUCCUCCGAUAUAGACUUUGAUUGUAUUUUAAUAUCUUGGGGUAUUUUUCUUAUGCAAAAGAAGGCCAGCCUGACUUUCUCAUGGUGUUGAGAGCUGCACAUUGUUCAGUGUUAGAUUUACACUGAUUUGUGGCAAACUUUCAUGUUCUAAAAAUCCAAAAUAUUUCUUAGUGUUUCUCAUAGCUGUAGAUAUAGCUAGCUAGGAUAUAGUGGCUGAAGGAUGAGAAGAAACAUUUACUUAGUAGCCAAUUACCAAGCAGUAAAAAACAACAACAACAACAAAUCCUAAACUAUAAAACUAAAAGGCUAUUUCAGACCACUUACCUUGUAUCAUCUGAGAGUCCAAAGUGGUUUAGUCCUUACCAAUGCAUUAAAAGAAAGAGCAGAGAGGAUCGAGGUCUGACACAGAAAAGUUAAUAAUUAAUAUGCUGCAAAAAAAAUGAUGAUACAUUAUUAAUAAGAAAAUCACAGUCAUCAAUCCUCAUGUCAAUACUGGAAUGAAUGGAACUUCAUGUAUUCGAAGCAUUUUUCUUACAAGAAAUUGUCUUGCAAAAUGAAACCAGUAGAUUUAAAGUUGGCUCUCAAGUUUUGCAGAGGGUCAAACACUUCUUAAAAUUUACUAUGGAAAUUUAACAGGCACUGAUAUAAUAAUGCUCUUGAGCCUUAAAGGAGGGUCUUUUUGCUGUGUUCCAACUGCCUUGAGCCCAGUGCGUUGCACUGGGAACAUGGCAUCACCUUUGCAAUUUGAAUAAAUUAAUUUUGGCACCUUGGCAAAGGGUGAGAAGGGAAAGGAUUGGUGCUUCGUGCUGAGGCUUGCCCCUGGUGCUGCGGGAGGUCUGGGCAAGGGGCUGUUCUUCUACAUGCAGCUGAGGAAGUUGCCAGAAAUGUAGUGCUUUGGGAUUCACAAAGGACGUUUUUUGAGGGCAGCCUCCCACUGCCAGUGAACAGUGUCUUUAUGUGGCUUUUUUCAUCUUAAUGUUGUUACAGAAUGACAGAAUGUUAGGGAUUGGAAGGGACCUCGAAAAAUCAUCUAGUCCAAUUUUGAAUCUGUUCAAUUCAGCGAAGAAAAAAAUCCCUGAAAUAGAGAAAAAUAAAGGGAAUGAUGCAGAAUGAAGCUGCUUGCCUUGUCAGAUGCCUUGGGUAACUGCAGAAGUAAAUGCUGUAGGGCUGCUGGGACAUACAUUAACUAAAUAGCAACAGUUGCUGGUGCAGUGACCACUAGGCAAACAGUUCUGUAGGUUCUGGACUUGCCUGUCUUCCAUACGCAAAAGCCAUAAGGAGAUAAUUGCCGAGGUACUUUGAACUGGAGACACAUAGUUAUUAGAAAAGCUGAGCGUCAGCUUAGCGGUGUUAUUCCACUGUAAGGGGUCGAACAGGUCUUUCUUGUUUUUAACGAAUGAUGAUUGAAUCUGAUUGAUCAUUAGCAAAUUUGAACAGCGGCAGAUUUUCCUCUUUUACCCUCUCACAGGAACAUGGUUGUUGCCUGGUCUGCCAGCGCAUGGAGAGUCCAGGCGUGUGCUGUAGAGGGGGGUGCUGUGAUUUGGGAGAAGCAAAGCUACCUCUUGCCUGUCAUAUCCUGGGGGAAAACGUUUAAAACCUUGCCCCACAGAAGUUCACAUUGAACAAGCCAGAUGCUUGUGGGAUAAUGUUGCCCGGCUUCUGCCCAUCUCUGGCACCACCUGCACGAUGGGUGCAGGGGAGUUUGCAUCUGGGAGAGCAGGGCUUCGACCAGCCAAGGCAGCUGUAACCUCUCCUGGUAAUGUAUUGAUGAACAAAAUUAGUUUCGUGGACUACACAGGCUUCCCAGCUUUGCUCCAGUAAAACUGCAGUGGUUUUGCCCAGUGACACCUCUGCACAGGUCUGAUCCCAACCGCUGCACCCUUGUCCCUGCGGCUCCAAGCGCAGCCUGAGUUCAGUCCAGUAAAUCACUGAAGGCUUUGCUCUGUGCUUUCUGCACCGAGAGUGAAGAAGAAACAUUUUUGGCUAUUUGGGAGCAAGAAACUCCUAAUUUGAAUCAUAAAAAAUAUGUAUGUGUUUUUUUUAAGUGUCCCAAACCACAUUUUUCUUGUGGUGUUUGCCAUGUUAUUUCUUCUUUGGAAAUUUCAAUUGUUCUUCUGUUUUGCUUUCCUGCAAAGGAGCCAAAGUUCACAGGGCUGGCAAAGAGUGGGCUGGAGCCUUCGUCCAUGUCUGCUUGAGUGAAGAGGUAGUCUCAUCCUGGAAAUUUUAGCUAACCUAUGUUACAUUCUUCUUAAUGACACCCGAAUAAAUUAAUUAUUUAGGUGAACAUAAAACGACAUUUUGGCAUCAGUCAGAAUGAUUUGCCAGAAUGUGUCAUGAUAUUGCUGAUUUGUUCACCAAAUCAUACAAUUGGAUCUUUGACCGGAAUAAAAAGAAAUUAAAUAUAACAGAUGUGAGGUAGCUUCAAAGGUUCUUUUACCAUUAAAAAAAAAUCCAAAUAUAUAUAUACAUAUAUGUAUUUUACAGCACUGUUUACAGUUAAUACUGUGGUUUAAAGUAGCCAUGAUAAAUUUCUAGCUGAAACACGGUCUCUGUUGUGUUCAGAAUGCUAGGAAUGAGAACGUUUGUUCUUUGAUGCACCAGAAAGAGUUAUUCAUACAUGGUCAGAUAGGACCUUACAAGAUUGACACAUGAUAUAUGAGUACUUAAAACGUGGAUGUGUACCGUUGCUGGGAUGUGCAAGGCAAGCUGUAGCAAAACAUGGGGUUCGAAUCUCUUGGAAGUGCAGCCUGGCUGGACUUUGCAGAGAUUUGCUAUCUCUGGAGAGCAAAACUUGGAGAGAAAAACGUGCCUAGCAGCAUUUUUAAAGUUAGAAGAGCUUUGGUGUCCUGCUGACUUGAAAACAGGAUUCAUGCAGCUGAAUUAGAAUCCAUGCAAAGAUGUUUCCCUUCUGAAAUGAGGGAUCAGCUCUAUGAUUGUACUUGGCUUUAGCACCCCUGGACACGCUCUUCUCGUUCACUGACAGCUGGGUUGCACAGCAUAGGUGGGUGAGAUGGUAUUUGCUACCUUAAAGUCAUUUUGUAAUAGGUGAAGAAUUACUACUAAAAGAGUAUGAGUUUCCCCCCCCCCCCCCACCCCAGCUGUGGGUUGGACUUAAAAGCAGUAGUAAACAUUAACAUGAUCUUUGGCCAAAAUGUGCUCUUAACUCCAUCCUCUAUUACAUAUUGCAGCAGGGUGUGAUGGAAUACAGCAGAAAAAAAUCCACAAGAAAUAUUAAUGAUAACAAUUCUUACUACAAAAAAGAUUUUUUGUUUGUUUUUGUUUUUUUUUUUUUUACAGCGAGAACAAUAAAUCACUGGAACAAUCUCCCCAGGGAUGUGGUGGAGUCCCCAUCACUGGAGGUUUUCAGGAUGUGACUGGACAGGAUGCUGGAUAAUCUUAUCCAGGCGUCCCUUUCCCGUGAAAGGUUGGACCCGAUGAUCUUUCGAGGUCCUGACCUGGGCUGUUUUAUGAUUCUGUGAUCAGUGCUUUUGUAUUUCCUUAGCACAGCCCAGCUUAGGAACUCAGCUCACUUUCAAAGACUCGGGUCUUGGAAGAUCCUGAAGGCAGUCAGUCCUGCCUUAGCUCCCUGUUGCAAAUUUCAAUUGACCCAGGCCAGAACAGGACUCAGUAGAGGAUGAAGGAUUUAACUCAGCCCAUUUGUAUCAAAAUCCUUGAUGAGACUAGAUCCUGCUAUUGGUUUGAGGCUGCCCAGGUGAGCUGCUUGAAGAUCCUUGCAAAUUAUUGCAGCCUCCAUCACUAGUGGUUUGAAUGGGCCUCGCUUUAUUAUAUGGCUGUCAUGAGGUCAGACUAGAUCUUCUGUGCAGAUGAAACCCUGCUUACUGGAAUAUUUGGAAAACAGUGCUUAUGAGCCAGCUGCUAUCCUUGUUUAUCUGUGGGACUGCUGUUACAAGCCAGUACUUAGCAGAAAAAUACCACACGGAUACUCCAAUGCUUCAAAGUUUUAUCAACUAUUCUUUGGUUCUUCUAGUUUAUACAACAGCACUGGUAUUUAGGACUGGCCAUGACAGUAUUUGGCAAAUUUUAAAACUGAGGUGGUGGAAGUAUAUUUUGUUGGGACUGGCUGAUGUUGAAGCCAAUUACAUGAUUGUAAAAGCCUACCAAUACACGAGCAUCACAAGUGUGCAGCUGCUGGACUGUUGCGGGAUUCCUGUGCUGAUGGCUUUGUCGUGGUUCAUUCUCCAUGCAAGAUACAAACUGAUCCAUUUUCUUGCUGUUGGCAUCUGUGUGGUGGGUGUCGCAACAAUGGUGAUUGCAGAUAGUUUCACAGCGAGGGAGGACAACAAAGGUAGUGACGUGGUGCUUGGAGAUGUCUUAGUACUUCUUGCUGCUUCUUUGUAUGCCAUUUCUAAUGUGUGUGAGGAAUACAUUGUGAAAAAUGUGAGCAGAGUGGAGUUUCUAGGAAUGUUGGGCUUGUUUGGGACUAUUAUCAGCGGUCUACAGCUAGCCAUUGUGGAACAUAAGGAGAUAGCGAGAAUUCAGUGGAACUGGAAAAUUGCAUUACUGUUCACAGCCUUUUCCCUGUGUAUGUUUGGGCUGUACAGCUUCAUGCCGGUGGUGAUUAAACUUACCAGCGCAACCUCAGUCAACCUGGGGAUUCUGACUGCAGAUCUCUACAGUCUGUUCUUCGGGCUUUUCCUGUUUUCCUAUUCAUUUUCAAGUCUUUAUAUCGUGUCCUUCCUCAUCAUCAUGGUGGGCUUCAUCAUGUAUUGCUCCACUCCAACCGAGUCUGCAGAACCCACUACUGUGCCAGAGCCCAGCAGCAGCACUGGCUUGGACAACGCUGCACUAAAACUCGAGGAGAAUGACAGUGAAACUCCGACUGUAACCAUACAGACCCCAAGAGGAGAAACUGAGGUGGUCAGCACUAAUUAAAAAAAUGGCAGCAUUUCAAAAUAGACUUUUAUUUUAUUAUUAUUUUUUACUGCCAGAUUUCUUUCAAAUAUUAAUCUGGAGAAUUGUUCUGCUCCCAAGGCGUAUGUCAUGCUGUGCUGAUUUUAAUGCAACGGAUGGACUUUUAACUGUAUUGAUUUACCCUUGCAGAAAAUCUGGCCCUUAGAAGAAUAGAGAGUAGGAUUUACGUGUAGUCUCUGGGAAGUGAGAGACUUAUUUUUAAAUGCAUAAUUAACAGCAAAUGCUUGGGGGAAAAAACGAAGUCAAAGCAAGCUCUCAGGUCACUUAACUAGAGCAAAUACAUUUUAUAUUGCUUAGGGACCUAAAUCUGCAAGGUGCUAUCUGGGGGCUUCAUGAUCCCCACGCCUCAGUGCCGUGUACCCUCAUGUAACAUCUUGCAAAAGCCACGCGGCUUCUCACACCAAACACGCAUCUUCCACGUGCUGAUGGACUUCAUUCCUCUGCUGGGGGAUUUGGUUCUUGCAUUCCACCCAAAUGUUCAUCUCUUCAUAUUGCUGCACGCCUUGUUGCAGCUGGGGAUGCUGCAAGUGUUUUAUUUUGAAUUUUGCUGAUAAGGGAAGUUUGAAUGUGUGUUUAUGUAAUCCCUUCUUUUUCUUUCUCAGUGCCCUGUUGUUUGAUGCAUUCCCACUAGGUGGAGGAGACAAAGUCAGGCCCUUGCUCAGUUCAGUAAGAGCUGGCUGGGUUUUUUUUUUCUGGAUGAGAGAGCAGAAGGGUUUGAUCUGAAGUUCUCUUCUCAGUGAAUUUCUCUCUGAAAUGGGACACAUUUCUGCAGAAAAGUGUGUCAUUUCCUAAUAAAAAUAUCCUAGUCAAUCCUCAUUGCAACAGUUAUGACAUAAUCUCCAAAUGGUUAAGUGCUUUCAGUAGAUUCAUUGACAGUUCUCCUCCCCCUGUUCAUAUUUACAGUAAAAGAUUAAAAAAUAUGACGCUGCCAUUUUAACAUUAGUAAAACCAUAGUGAUAUUUUAUUUUUUGUACAAGCCUUUGUAGCUCAGGUGUAUGAAGUAACAAAUAAAGUUUUAAGCAGUUGAA